AGAGGAACUAGGUCAUAUUCCAUUGCCCGCUCUGCGAACUACAACACUACUCCGCCGCAGCAAAACCCUAGGGAAGGAGAUCUCUCAGUCGCCGUCGCAAUUCAACCAUGCCGUCGCACAAGAGUUUCAUGAUUAAGAAGAAGCUGGCGAAGAAGCAGAGGCAGAACAGGCCAAUCCCGUACUGGAUCCGCAUGCGCACCGACAACACCAUCCGCUACAACGCCAAGCGCCGCCACUGGCGCCGAACCAAGCUCGGCUUCUAAGCCUGUUCGCCUCUACUUUUCUUCUUUCAUAUUUUCAUGUUUUUUUUUUCCUGUUUCUCCGUAGCAGUUAAUUUCUGGAAUUAGAUGGCUGGUAAAAUGAUUAAUAUGGUGUAAGACUUUUUUGCUGCGUUUUAUUUAUGCUAUACUCUGCUCGAAUUGAAGCCGCCAGUUGGUUUUGA